AUAUCUGUGUUAUCAGCACGAAGACUAAGUGAAAUGAUUUCCCUCAGUUGAGGCGACUAAGUCAGCAGCAAUGCCAGCCACACUGUGACAAAAGUUAGCUGAUAAGACGCCAGCGCAAUAAAUACAUUUCAUAUUUCAACUGUCUUAGACAAAAAUAUUUACUUACAUAAAAUAAAUCUUCAGUAGCAGUUUUAUAGCUUAAGGUGUCGCAGGCACUACUCUGUUAACUGUGUGAAACCGAGUCCACGUCCAAACUAUUGUGAAAGUGCACGAAGUGAAGACAAGAAAUGACGCAGAAGCUAAUUAUAAUUGCCUUUAUUUGCUUGCUAAGCGCUGAGCUUUACUUCUGCGCCCACAUAGCACGCCAGCCGCGUAGCGCCGAGAGCGAGGAAACGGUGGUCACAGAAAGUCCAGUUGAGAACCCAGCGGAGCAUCGCUUCAUUAGCAGCGCCACACGCGAACAAUUCGAACGCGAGGCCUUGAAUGAGACCAAAAUUUUUCUGAACACCUUAUUCCGCUCGCAAAUUGUUUAUUUUAGCAAGGUAAAGGAAUUUCUACCGGCCACAGUGAAGCGCGUAGCGGAUAUAAAUAAGUAUAUUGAGCGCUUGGAGAAAGCCAUUUUGGCGGACUCGGUGCAGGAGAAGGACAAAAUGUGGCGUGACACUUUCGUUGAGUUCAGCGAAAGUGCUUUUCUACUCAAUAUUGAGAAGGAUACUGGUGUUUCAAAUAUGCGUUAUCUGGAAAUCCUUAAUGAUGCCGGUCUGGAAGAGACCACAAAGAAAUUCUUAACCGAUGUGACGAUAUACUUUUGGAAAAUGGCAAAAGCGAGCGGCAAAGUAGUGGAAUCAACUAUUGAGGAACAAAUAGAGAAAUGGACAAAGGAAUGAAUUACACAAAAUUUGUGAAAAUGUAUGUGAAGAAGUCUGAAACUAAACACUUUGUUGAUCGAAGUACAAAAAAUCAAAAAUAUAUUUUAGAAAUAUCCAUU